AUGAGCACAUUCACCACCCCAAAUUUGGCCGAGAAAGACAUUCGCGUAGUAGUAGGAAUCGAUUUUGGAACAACAUUUUCGGGUUUUGCACUUGCCAAUAAAGCAAAUCCGGGUAUAAUCGAAACGCACGAGACAUGGCCGGAUCGCAAAGGUCAUCUAAAGACUAACACCGCUUUACAGUAUGAUGAGAAAUGGAAUGUAACCAAAUGGGGCGCCCCGGCUCUGGCCUCGAGGCCUAAAAGAAAGAAAAACUCUGCUGCUGCCGUUGAGACAAAACCAGUUGAAUUGUUUAAGUUACAUCUUGGCGAAAUAGAACACUCCAAGAAGCCUCCAUUGCCAAUCGGAUUAGAUUUCAGGAAAGCAAUAACGGACUAUCUGCGUCAAUUGUCAAAGCUUAUAAAAGAUACGCUCAAAACCAGGUGGCCGGGUCUUGAGUUUGACAGGCAUGUGUUGAAAGUGAUGACAGUACCUGCAGAGUAUAAUGAAAAGGCGAGAUAUACAUUGAGAACGUGUGCAUACGAAGCGGGUCUUAUUGACACUAUGAAUUCAGAACAUUUGGAAUUUACCCCUGAACCCGAAGCAGCCGCAAUAUAUUGUAUUAAAGUGCUCAAGGAACAUUCACUUCAAAAAGAAAAUUCCUUUUUAAUUGUCGAUUGCGGGGGAGGAACGGUGGAUUUGACAGUUCGUAUACUGAAAGAGAACAACAAAUUAACUGAACUAACAGAGAGAACAGGCGAUUUCUGCGGCGGAUCAUAUGUAGACAAGGAAUUUCUCAAAUAUCUCGAGAAACAAAUAGGGUCAGCAGCAAUGAGAAUGUUGGAAGAGAAACAUUAUGCUCAAUUACAAUAUCUAGUGCAAGAAUUCUGUGCAAUCGUCAAAUUAGAAUUCGAUGGGAAUAAUGGUUUUGGAACUAAAGAGAUAGAUCUCGAAGAGGUUUGCCCAGUAUUAAAACAGUAUGUGACUGGGGAUAUGAGAGAUAGCAUGGAAGAGCAAGAGUGGAUGAUUCAAUUGGAUCAUAAUACAGUCAAAGGAUUCUUCGACCCAGUCGUAGAAAAAAUUAUCACUUUGAUUGAGAAUCAAUUAUCGGCUGCUAAAAAUAAUAUUUCUGCGAUGUUUAUGGUUGGCGGAUUUUCGGAAUCUAAAUAUCUGUUUAAAAGAGUAAAGCAAAAGUUUGAUGCGCGGGUGCCAAUCAUAGCUAUACCAUCUGACCCAAUAGCGGCUGUAGUACGUGGGGCUGUAUUAUAUGGAAUGAAUAUGGCUACAAUAGAGACACGCGUGCUUAAGCGCACGUACGGCUUGCGUCUUGCUACCAGGUGGAAGAAAGGUGAUCCAAUCGAACGUAAAACUGAAACGGGACGCAUUAAGUACUUCAAGAGGAUAGUAAAACGGGGAACUGAAGUCCCGGUUGAUGCCAGUUUUUUCCAAGGCGUGCAUCCAUCUUAUCCGGAGCAGACUGAAAUGGAUUUCCAUAUUUACACAACACCAAAUGAAGAUGGAAAAUACUGUGAUGAUGACGAAAUGGAGCACUUUGGAUCAAUGACUAUUGUAAGUUGA